UUGGUUGGUCUUUAACCGCUGUUGCGCAGCAGAGCCGCGGACAAUUCAAAAAACUCCUUCAUUCCAGCAGUGGCAGUCUACGUAGAGAGUACAGAGUGGAUAGUACCAAAAUACGGCAUCAAUGGAAGACUACUUGAAAAUAGAGAAAAUUGGCGAGGGUACCUAUGGGGUGGUAUACAAGGGCAGACACAAAGCCACUGGCCAGAUUGUUGCCAUGAAAAAGAUCCGCCUGGAGAGUGAGGAAGAGGGGGUUCCAAGCACCGCUGUCAGAGAGAUCUCGCUGCUAAAAGAGCUUCAGCAUCCCAAUGUUGUACGGCUCCUGGAUGUCCUGAUGCAGGAGUCUCGUCUUUACCUCAUCUUUGAGUUCCUGUCCAUGGACUUGAAGAAAUAUCUGGACUCCAUCCCAUCAGGGCAGUACAUGGACCGUAUGCUGGUCAAGAGCUAUCUCUACCAGAUCUUAGAGGGUAUUCAGUUCUGUCAUUGUCGUCGAGUCCUCCAUAGAGACCUGAAACCCCAGAACCUUUUGAUUGACAACAAGGGAGUCAUCAAAUUGGCAGACUUUGGCUUAGCCAGGGCCUUUGGCGUUCCUGUCAGGGUUUACACCCAUGAGGUUGUGACUUUGUGGUACCGGGCUCCAGAGGUCCUGCUAGGUGCCCCCCGCUAUUCAACCCCUGUUGACAUCUGGAGCAUUGGGACUAUCUUUGCGGAGCUUGCUACUAAGAAACCUCUGUUCCAUGGAGACUCUGAGAUAGACCAGCUAUUCAGAAUCUUCAGGAGUCUGGGAACCCCAAACAACGAUGUCUGGCCUGAUGUUGAGUCGCUACCGGACUAUAAAAACACCUUUCCUAAAUGGAAAUCUGGCAACCUCUUCUCAAUGGUGAAAAACCUGGAUAAGGAUGGCCUGGACCUGCUGGCUAAAAUGCUCAUCUACAAUCCUCCCAAGAGGAUCUCAGCACGUCAGGCCAUGGCCCACCCCUACUUUGAUGACCUGGAUAAGUCCACCCUGCCUGCCAGCACAGUCAAGAUAUGAAACACAGAGAACAGUGCUAUUUUUACCCACUCUGAAUAAUUAUUCUGUAAAUACUUUUAUGUGGAAAAAGUUUUGUCUGUUGAGCAUGUUAUUUUCAUUAAAGCUGCACUUUUUGAGAAUCCAA